AUGUCUUUCUCAUUCUAUCGCCUAGUCCCGGGUAGAUUUUCCCGCUCGCUCCCCAGGCGAAUCGUCCCCAAGCAGAUCCUCAUCUCACCUGCUCUCCAUCGACGUAUAACUACUGCGACCCUCAACGACGACUCCCUGACGAUUCCUAGUCUUAAUAAUGCCACUUUCCCUUAUAUCUGGCUCCGAGACUCGUGCCAUUCACCAGAAUGUAAACAUCCAGAGACGACGCAGAAACUGCACUCUUCGACGGAUUUUGAUGUUGAUAUCCGGCCCAAGACUGUGAAGAUCAUCGAGGACAACGAGUCGAAAGGUGGGAUAGGUAUCCACAUAGAAUGGCCUGACGGACAUGUUUCGUUUUUCCCCGAAUCGUUCCUGAAGAGGCACUCAUCGAAAGAGUAUCUUGGGAGUUUCCGGAAAGAUGUUGAAGCUGAGACGUGGGACAAGGAAGAUAUUGAACAGAGUAGGGAUCUAUAUCUAUCGCAUGAGGAGAUCAAGACGCCAGCUGGUUUAUCACGGGCUAUCGAUAAACUAUGUCGCCAUGGAUUGCUUUUUCUGGUGCGUGCAAGUACAUUCAUCUCGGAAAACGAGCGGCUCAUAAUAAGUUCCUCUCUCAGAAAGGCCGAAAUCCGGGAAACCUUCUACGGCCGUAUCUUCCACGUUCAAAACACUAAUGCUGAGAACAUUGCAUACACCAAUCUCAAACUCGGACUACACAUGGACCUGCUCUACUUCGAGCAUCCUCCUCGAUAUCAGAUUCUCCACUGCAUCCGGAACAGAGUCCAAGGCGGAUCCUCCAUCUUCAGCGAUUCAUUCCAUGCGGCUAAAAUGCUGAAAAGCUUCUAUCCGGAGGAUUAUGAUAUUCUAACGAAAACGCCAGUCCCAUUCGAGUAUCUAUAUGGAGAUCAUCAUUUACACUUCUCACACCCUACUAUCGAGGAAGAUCACUAUAAUCCUGGGUUACGGUGCCCGCCAAUCAAAUGCAUAAACUACGGACCUCCAUUUCAAGCCCCGCUUCUGCUGAGCCCAACUUCCAGCUCCUCCUUAUCCUCCUUAUCCCCUUCGUCGUCAUCCUCCGCGCUACGCCGCUUUUAUCUCGCUCUUGGACGUUUUGCCAAAUUACUCAAUAGCCCCGAAAAUACAUAUGAGGACACAUUACAAGAAGGAGAUGUUGUGAUCUUCGAUAAUCGGCGGGUGUUGCACUCGCGGACGGCUUUUACGGAUCCAAAUGCGGUAGAUAGUGAGAAGAAGAAGGAUAUAAGUCGAUGGUUGCAAGGAUGCUAUUUCGAGGGUGAUAUCAUGAAGGACAGAGGGAGAGUGCUAAGAGCAAAAAAGAUCGCUGGAUUGAUUUGA